CCUCACUCACUCACUCACUGUAUCUCGCCUGCUGACUGAGGUAUUUCUACAAGCACAGACUGGGACAGCCUUGACUCUUCUGCACGAGGUUUGUGUGUAAAGUCUCCAGCUAUUCCUCUCCCUGGAUCCUUUUUCCAUGGACUCUGAUGCUCUCUGUGUGGGUGAGAAGUUGCGGAUGUGCAUGUCAGAGUAAGAUCAUGGACCAGAGGGGAGCAGGAGACAGUGAAGGAAACUGGGUCACUGGCAGGCUCUCCUGACUGAUGCCUGUUUGGACCUGGAGGGAUGGGGUGCACCACCAGCACGGUUGUGUUUGAUGGGCUGCGUACUGUCCUGGAGAGGAACUGUAGUGGCUACAUCUGCAAGGAAGCAGCAGAGCCCACUGGACCGUCUGAGGCUGAGCGGGCGCUGAGUCGGAGAGAGUCGCGUGUAUUGCCAACACCACGAAUACUUAAGGUAAAACCAAAGGUGAUCGAGCCACUCGAUUAUGAAAAUGUGCUGGUGCAGAGGAAGACGCAGAUCCUUAGCGAUGUCCUCAGAGACAUGCUGCAGUUCCCCCUUGAGGACUUUGAGAUUUCCACUUUGAGGAGGCAAGGGAGAACCCUGUACCCCACAGUGCCUGAAAAUGCAGAGAGGGACGCCCAGAGUCUGUUCGUCCAAGAGUGCAUUAAGACCUACAAGUCAGACUGGCACGUGGUCAACUACAAGUAUGAGGACUAUUCUGGGGACUUCCGACAGCUUCCAAAUAAAGUGUCCAGGCCUGAUAAAUUGGCUGUCCAUGUAUUUGAAGUGGAUGAAGAUGUCGACAAAGAUGAGGACACAGCCUCCUUAGGCUCCCAGAAAGGUGGAAUCACUAAACAGGGCUGGCUGUAUAAAGGAAACAUGAACAGUGCUAUCAGUGUCACCAUGAGGUCAUUCAAGAGGAGAUAUUUCCACCUGACUCAACUUGGAGAUGGUUCUUAUAACUUAAACUUCUACAAGGAUGAGAAGAUCUCCAAAGAGCCCAAAGGAACUAUUUUCUUGGACUCCUGUAUGGGUGUGAUUCAGAACAACAAGGUUCGAAGGUUUGCUUUCGAGCUUAAGAUGCAGGAUAAGAGCACCUACCUGCUGGCUGCAGACAGCGAGGCGGAGAUGGAGGAAUGGAUCAACACGCUCAAUAAGAUCUUGCACAGUAGCUUUGAAAUCGCCAUGCAGGAGAAGAGAAAUGGAGACAUUCACGAUGAUGAUGAUCUUGGAAAGUCAGACAGCUCCUCUGGCAGUAUGGACAGCUUUCAGAGCACAAGAGAUAUAGAGUCUAGGAUGAAGAAUGAAACCAGGCUGAAGCUGUUCACGCUGGAUCCGGACACACAGAAACUCGAUUUCUCAGGAAUAGAGCCAGACGUGAAGCAGUUUGAGGAGAAGUUUGGCAAGCGUGUGCUGGUGAACUGCAACGACCUCUCGUUUAAUUUGCAAAGUUGCGUGGCCGAAAACGAGGAAGGGCCAACAACAAACGUGGAGCCAUUCUACAUCACCCUGUCGCUGUUUGACAUCCAGAAUGGCAGAAAAAUCUCCUCUGAUUUCCACGUUGACCUAAACCACCCCUCUGUCAGGGGCAUGAUGCCCAAUAACAGCAGUCAGUAUAUGAACGGGGGAGGCGAUGGCCGACCCGACAGCCAGCGGUUGAUCCACGGGAUGCCAGAAGCAGCCAUGCAGUAUCCCAGACAGGGAGUGUUUUCGGUAACAUGUCCACACCCAGAUAUCUUCCUAGUGGCCCGCAUAGAGAAGGUGCUUCAGGGGGGUAUCAACCACUGUGCCGAGCCAUACAUGAAGAGUUCAGACUCCACCAAGGUGGCACAGAAGGUCCUGAAAAACGCCAAGCUGGCAUGCAGCCGGUUAGGCCAGUACAGGAUGCCUUUUGCCUGGGGAGCAAGACCUUUGUUCAAAGAUGCUUCAGGGACUCUUGACAAAACUGCUCGCUUCUCUGCUCUAUACAGACAAGACAGCAACAAACUGUCCAACGACGAUAUGCUCAAGCUGCUGGCUGAUUUCAGGAAGCCGGAGAAGAUGGCCAAGCUGCCUGUAAUCCUAGGAAACCUCGAUGUUACCAUUGACAACGUAGCCCCAGACUUGUCAAAUUGUGUUACCUCAUCCUACAUCCCUGUGAAACAGUUUGAUGUCAGCGAGAAGAGCAACAUCUUCUUUGAAGUGGAGGAGUUUGUGCCGUGCAUUGCCAAAUGUUCUCAGCCUUUCACCAUCUACAACAAUCACCUCUAUGUCUACCCGAAGCACUUGAAAUACGACAGCCAAAAGUCAUUUGCGAAGGCUAGAAACAUAGCUGUCUGCAUCGAGUUCAGGGACUCGGAUGAGGAAGAGGCUGUUGCACUUAAGUGCAUCUACGGCCGGCCUGGAGGACCCUUGUUUACCAAAAAUGCCUUUGCCUCAGUGUUACAUCACCAGCAAAAUCCUGAAUUCUACGAUGAAUUUAAGAUUGAGUUGCCAACCCAGCUCCACGAGAAGCAUCAUCUUCUCUUCACCUUCUAUCACGUCAGCUGCGAUAGCAACAGCAAGGCCAGCACCAAAAAGAGAGAGCAGGUUGAGAUGCAAGUUGGUUACGCCUGGCUCCCGUUGCUCAAGGACGGUCGGGUGAUCAUGAAUGAGAGUCAGAUCCCGGUUGCCGCCAACCUACCUGCCGGAUACCUCAGCUGUCAGGAGGGUGCCAGCAAGCAUUUGGGUCCUGAAGUGAAAUGGGUGGAUGGAGGAAAACCAUUAUUCAAAGUUUCCACCCACCUUGUGUCCACUGUCUACACUCAGGAUCAGCAUUUGCACAAUUUUUUCCAUUACUGUCAAACCAUUGCAUCAGGCGCCCAGGCGUCAGGAGGAGAGCUGGUCAAAUACCUGAAGAGUCUGCAUGCCAUGGAGAGUCACGUGAUGAUCAAGUUCCUGCCCACCAUCCUCAAUCAGCUGUUCAGGGUGCUAACCAGUGCCACCCAGGAAGACGUGGCAGUCAACGUCACCAGAGUCAUGAUUCAUGUUGUGGCGCAGUGCCACGAGGAAGGUUUGGAGCACUACCUUAGAUCUUAUGUGAAGUAUGUCUUCAAGACUGAGCCAUACACGUCCUCCACCACCCGAACGGUGCACGAGGAGUUGGCUAAAGCCAUGACUGCAAUCCUGAAGCCUUCCACUGACUUUCUCACAAGUAACAAGCUGCUCAAGUACUCCUGGUAUUUCUUCGAAGCCUUAGUCAAAUCCAUGGCUCAGUACUUGAUUGAGAGCUGUAAAGUAAAGCUGUCCAGGAACCAGCGCUUCUCUGCAUCGUUCCAUCACACUGUGGAGACCUUGGUCAACAUGAUCAUGCCACACAUCACUCAGAAAUACAAGGACAACCUAGAUGCUGCCCGGAAUGCCAACCACAGCUUGGCAGUCUUCAUCAAGCGUUGUUUCAACCUGAUGGACAGAGGCUUUGUGUUCAAGCAGAUCAACAACUAUAUCAACUGUUUUGUGCCUGGAGACCCAAAGACUCUGUUUGAGUUCAAGUUUGAGUUCCUGCGAGUCGUGUGCAACCACGAGCACUUCGUCCCCUUAAACCUGCCCAUGCCGUUUGGAAAGGGACGGAUUUUGAGAUUUCAAGACCUCCAGCUGGAUUACUCGCUGACGGAUGACUUCUGUAAGAACCACUUCCUGGUCGGACUGCUGCUCAGGGAAGCCAGCGCAGCUCUGCAGGAGUUCAGGGAGAUUCGUCAGAUUGCCAUCCAAGUGCUGAAGAGCCUCAUGAUGAAACACGCAUUUGACGAUCGCUACACCUCAAAAAGCCAGCAGGCCAGGUUAGUCACCCUGUACUUGCCCUUGUUUGGUCUGCUCCAAGAAAACGUCAACAGGCUAAAUGUGAAGGAAGUGUCGCCGUUCACCGUCAACCACUGCACCAGUAAUGGAAGAGAUGAUUCUCUCCAUACCAACACUUUGAUGACACCUCCGAGGUCGAGCACCUUUCUGGACACCGGCUUCCACAAAGAUGUUUUUGGAGCCAUCUCUGGCACCGCUUCACCUCAUGCAGCAUCCACCCCCAACAUUAACUCUGUGCGCCACGCCGACUCUCGAGGAUCGCUCAUCAGCACUGAUUCUGGGAACAGCCUGCCUGAGAGGAACAAUGACAAGGGCAAUUCCCUUGACAAGACGGAGAAGUUUCUACGGAGACACUCUGUCAAUGUCCUGCAAUUCUUUACGGAGACUGAGGAGUCCAUGCUCUCCGUGCACUCCAAGCGUGCCACCAUGGACUUCUCCCUGCUCACUGUCCCCAGUGUGCCAGAGAGGGCCCUGCAGUCCAGCAGUUCACUUCAAAACCAACCUGCCUCAACCCUGGGAAGCCCGCUGUUGCGAUGUGAUAAACUGGACCAGGCAGAGAUCAAGAGCCUCCUCAUGUGUUUCUUACAUGUGCUCAAAAGCAUGUCUGAGGAUGCUCUGUUCACAUACUGGAACAAGGCAUCAUCUUCUGACCUGAUGGACUUCUUCACUUUAGUCGAAGUUUGCCUCCAUCAGUUCAGAUACAUGGGAAAGAGAUACAUUGCAAGGAACCAGGAUGGGGCAGGACCUGUUGCACAUGAGCGGAAGUCUCAGACUCUUCCUGUGUCCCGUAACAGGGCGGGAAUGAUGCAUGCCCGCUUACAGCAGCUCAGCAGCCUGGAUAACUCAUACACAUUUAACCACACCUACAGUCACUCGGAUGCUGACGUGUUAAAUCAGUCACUGCUGGAGGCCAACAUUGCCACUGAAGUCUGCCUGACCGUCCUGGACACACUCAGCAUCUUCAUCAUGAGUUUUAAGACACAGUUGUGUGCUGAUCAUGGCCACAGUCCACUGAUGAAGAAGGUGUUUGAUGUCCACCUCUGCUUCCUGCGGAUCAAUCAGUCAGAAACGGCACUCAAGCAGGUUUUCACUUCACUGCGCACCUUCAUUUACAAGUUCCCGUGCACGUUUUUUGAAGGGCGUGCAGAUAUGUGUGCUGCUUUCUGCUAUGAGAUAUUGAAAUGUUGCAACUCCAAGCUGAGCUCCAUUCGCAGCGACGCAGCCCAUCUGCUCUAUUUUCUCAUGAAGAGCAACUUUGACUACACUGGUCGCAAGUCCUUCGUCCGGACACAUUUACAGGUUGUGAUUGCUGUCAGUCAGCUGAUAGCAGAUGUCAUUGGUAUAGGAAGUACUCGCUUCCAGCAGUCUCUGUCAAUAAUCAACAACUGUGCUAACAGUGAUAAAACUAUCAAGAACACAGCUUUCCCAUCGGAUGUCAAAGACCUAACUAAACGCAUCAGAACAGUGUUGAUGGCCACAGCACAGAUGAAGGAGCAUGAGAGAGAUCCAGAGAUGCUGGUGGACCUGCAGUACAGUCUCGCAAAGUCUUAUGCCAGCACACCUGAGCUGCGCAAGACCUGGCUUGACAGCAUGGCCCGAAUCCAUGUGAAGAAUGGAGACCUGUCUGAGGCAGCCAUGUGCUAUGUUCACGUUGCAGCACUGGUGGCAGAAUACCUGCGGAGAAAAGGCAUGUUCAAGCAGGGCUGCUCGGCGUUUCGUGUUGUGACUCCAAACAUCGACGAAGAAGCCGCAAUGAUGGAGGACGUCGGAAUGCAAGACGUCCACUUUAAUGAAGACGUCUUAAUGGAGCUUCUGGAGGAGUGCGCAGAUGGGCUGUGGAAAGCGGAGCGUUACGAGCUCAUCUCUGACAUCUACAAGCUCAUUAUCCCCAUUUAUGAGAAGCGGAGGGACUUUGAGAAACUGGCUCACCUGUAUGACACGCUGCAUCGAGCGUACAGCAAGGUGACGGAGGUCAUGCAUACUGGGAAGAGGAUGCUGGGCACGUACUUCAGAGUGGCUUUCUUUGGCCAGCAGUACCAGUUUACUGACUCAGAGGCUGAGGGCUUCUUUGAAGAUGAAGAUGGGAAGGAGUAUAUCUACAAAGAACCCAAAUUCACGCCUCUUUCAGAGAUUUCUCAGCGGCUCCUCAAGUUAUACUCUGAUAAGUUUGGUCAGGAGAAUGUGAAGAUGAUUCAGGACUCUGGGCGGAUCAACCCCAAAGACCUGGACUCAAAGUACGCGUACAUCCAAGUGACACAUGUGACUCCAUACCUGGAGGAGAAGGAGCUGGUCGACAGGAAAACGGACUUUGAAAAGAGCCACAACAUCCGUCGAUUUGUGUUCGAGAUGCCUUUCACCAUUUCGGGCAAAAAGCAAGGCGGUGUGGAGGAGCAGUGCAAACGCAGGACUAUACUUACCACCACUCAUUGUUUUCCGUAUGUAAAGAAACGGAUCGCGGUGAUGUAUCAACACCAUACUGAUCUGAGCCCCAUCGAGGUUGCCAUCGACGAGAUGAGCAAGAAGGUGGCUGAGAUCAAACAGCUCUGCUCCUCCAGCGAGGUCGACAUGAUCCGUCUGCAGCUCAAACUGCAGGGCAGCAUCAGCGUCCAGGUAAAUGCAGGACCUCUUGCGUAUGCCAGAGCUUUUCUCGAUGAUACAUGUGCCAAGAAAUAUCCUGAUAACAAGGUCAAACAGUUGAAAGAGGUCUUCAGGCAUUUUGUGGAUGCGUGUGGCCACGGUUUGGGCAUUAAUGAACGACUGAUCAAAGAGGACCAGCAGGAGUACCACGACGAGAUGAAAGCCAACUACAGAGAACUAGCCAGAGAGCUGUCCAUCAUCAUGCACGAACAAAUCAUUCCAGUGGAGGAUGGCAUGAAAAGCGUUCUCCCAGACUCGCUUCACAUCUUUAAUGCCAUCAGUGGCACACCAACCAGUGCCACCAUCCAGGGCAUUCCCAGCUCAUCCUCUGUGGUUUGAUGUCAGCCUGGGUGAAACUCAGAGCUGUCUAAGCCUGCCAACGCAGGCAUGCCAGUGACGCCAUAUUAUCACUCCAGAACUUAAUCCUGCUUCUCAGCCUAGAGAGAAACUGAUGGGAAAAACAGACAAGUCUCAUUUUUCUAUUUUCUGUCUGGCCACCGACGACCAAUAUGAGCAAGGCACUGGACCUGUUUAACAUGGAUAAUGGGGCAUGGUGGCUGUGUGAUGGAGGUGGGGGGAGGACAAAGAUGAGACUCUGUGCAGCAGAGAUGACAGGACACGGACUUUGUUCCUCCUUUAUGAUGACGUGAUGCUUGAUAAGACAUAACCUGUCUUGUCUUUACCUGUUUCUACCUGAAAAGACUGAGCAGUGUUUUCUUUAAAAACAUUCCUGUUGGGAUUUUUUUAAUAUGCAUGUCACUACAUUACACCUACACUCUCCCAACAGUCCAUUUUUGUUUAUUUUGAUAAUGUUUCACAAUGUUUUUUUAUGGACAAUAUUUCACUUUUAUAAGCCACUGUAUUGAUGUCUUGAUUAAUGGUAUAUGCUGCAUACAUCAGUGCUCCUCUCCCUGUACAUGAAGGUAUAUUUCUAGAAAAAUGCAAUUUUGGAAUAAGGGCCUGCUACGAUGUAACAUUAGCAUUCAACCUUAAAUCACUUUGAUGUCUUAGAAUGGGAGAGUUUUAAAGUAUUUAAAGCCAUUGCAUACAAAAAGGUAUAUUCCACGUUGUGUAUUAAUGUGUAUAUAAAACAAGGAGUGUGUGCAAUAUUUGCAAAGUAUCUUGCUGUGUGCGGCUCAUACACUGUAAAGAUUACGUUCACCUUCUUGCCAAAGCGAUGAGGUGUUGGGAAAGGACGCCUACUGUGCAAGUAAUAUGAAAAUUUUAUCAUUUUAUGUUCCAGAAAUUGUCUUUUAUUUGGGCAGAAAUGUUUUUUUUUUGUUUUGUUUUUUUACUUUAUUUAACACAAGUCACUGUUCUGCUGUAAACAAAGAUGCUUUUAAAUAAAAUACACUCAUUUCUCUGCAUUUGCAUCCAUAGGUCAUUAUUUGUUUUACUUGGUGGUAUUUUGUGGUAUUCUCACACUUGGCUCACUUGUGAAAUAAGUGGAAAAUAAACCUUAUUAUUCUCAGGGAUCAUUGCUGACUCCCUAGCUCCCAUAUCUCAUGUUCCCACCCAUCAUAAAAAUAACACAGUCAGCAGUGUGAAAAGAUGAUCAAGGGUUAAUAAAAAGCAAUAUUACAGGAAACAUUCCCACUCCCACUAGUGAACAGAGAAAGAUAAAUGAUCUGCUCCCUGCAGGAAGCUUAAAGGGAUUUUAUGCUAUAGCAGAAAGCAGGUGAUAGCUUCACAUCAUGGCAGGUAAGACUAAAAGAAAUGCAUUAUUAUGUACUCUUUCAUUUUGAUUCACAGAACACAAAUAUUCUGCUGCACAACAUGAACAUGUGCACAGAGGGAGAAGUUAACAGAAAGAAAACAAGUUCCAUGUUCUUAACUUAAAAACUUAAACUCUUCAUUCUGUAACAGGUGAGUGCACCUGUCAGGACAAAGAUCCCAAACAUAUUAGGAUCUCAGAUUUAUUUAUUAAUGCAAUUUGCACUACAGUCUUACACAGUUUCAGUCUUAUUUUUACAGUUUUUCUUUUCUUUGUUUUUUUUUUUUCUAUCAUCGUUGUGUACCUAUAUUUACCAGGCGCCAGUGACACCUUUUUAAAAACUGCACUGUUUUUUUUUUUUUUAAUAGACUGUACUAUUUUUAUUCUUUAUCCUGCUACUGUAACACAAUAAUAUUCUUUGUGGGAUCAAUAAAGUAUCUAUCUACAUA